CGGGGUCCCGGGGCAGCGCGAGGCAACCAGAACCCAGCCCUGCUCGCUGCUCGGACAAGUCUUUGCAGAGGCUCGCGUGCUCUGUCCCCGUCUCCGUCCCCCAUGCCCCCCGUGCCCUCUGACUGACCCUGUCCCCCUCAUCCCCUCGGAAUGCCCCCCACCCCUUCUCCUGCCCUGGUUCCCGCGCCCAGCAGGGACCUUUCUGCAGUCACUUGGGGACAGGGAACUCCACGAAGUUGUUUCCCCCUCUUUGUUCUAAUUUUUGUCGGGCGUGCCUGCUGCUGCCGGAGCUGCCAAGGGGGUGCUCAUCCUGAGCAGAGGGCUGGGGACAAAGGUGAGCCCCAGACGGGGUCAGGCAGGAGGAAAGCUUAAGCCAUCCUUCCUCCAUCCCACCCGGGCACCUAAGGAUGCCUGGGUUCAGCCCCUGCCCCCUCUCUAGCGCACGCCUCUGAACUCCUGUGCAACUGGCCAGUUUCAGCAAGGGAAAUGACCACUGUCAGUAAACCAGCCUCGGGUCUAAGUAGGCUCAUCCAUCUAUAGCUGGAGGGGGCAGACCUCAGGCUACUCCACCUGGUGGAAACCAAGGCCCAUGAAGGUCAUUUGGUUGGGUCUUUCCCAGUCAUGGAUCCAUUCUCUUUCGAUUACUCAGAACCAGGAAAUUUCACAGACCUCAACUGGACUUGCACCAAUGGCGAUUGCAUCACUGUGGACACCAUCAUGUGUCCUAGUGCAACAGGGCGAAACAUCCUGUUGUACACCCUCUCCAUCUUUUAUAUUUUCAUCUUUGUAGUUGGCAUGAUUGCCAACUCUGUGGUGGUCUGGGUAAAUCUCCAGGCCAAGACAACGGGUUAUGAAACUCACCUGUACAUCUUAAAUUUGGCCAUUGCCGACCUGUGUGUGGUCGUCACUAUUCCUGUCUGGGUGGUCUCCCUUGUCCAGCACAACCAAUGGCCCAUGGGAGAGCUCACCUGUAAGAUUGCGCAUCUCAUCUUCUCCAUCAACCUCUUUGGCAGUAUCUUCUUCCUGACCUGCAUGAGUGUGGACCGAUACCUCUCUGUGACCUAUUUCACCAACACCAGCAGCCACAAGAAAAAGGUUGUCCGCCGGCUCAUCUGUAUCCUUGUGUGGCUGCUGGCCAUCUGCGUGUCACUGCCAGAUGCUUACUACCUGAAAACUAUCACCUCAGCUGCCAACAAUGAAACCUACUGCCGGUCCAUCUAUCCAGAGCAUAGCAUUAAGGAGUGGCUUUUGGGCAUGGAGUUGCUCUCCGUGGUCCUGGGCUUCAUCAUCCCAUUCUCCAUCAUUGCUGUCUUCUACUUCCUACUGGCCAGAGUCAUCUCAGCCUCGGGUGACCAGGAGAAACACAGCAACCAGAAGAUCAUCUUCUCCUAUGUCAUCGUCUUCCUCAUCUGCUGGCUACCCUAUCAUGCUGUGGUGCUCCUAGACAUCUUCUCCUUCCUCCACUUUAUUCCUUUCAACUGUCAGCUGGAAAAUUUCCUAUACACAGCCCUCCAUGUCACCCAGUGUCUGUCCUUGGUGCAUUGCUGUGUCAAUCCGGUACUCUAUAGCUUCAUCAACCGAAACUACCGGUACGAGCUGAUGAAAGCUUUCAUCUUCAAGUACUCAGCCAAAACGGGUCUCACCAAACUCAUUGAUGCUUCCAGAGUAUCAGAAGCAGAGUACUCUGCCUUGGAGCAGAAUGCCAAGUGACUGGGGAGGUCUAUCCCCCAAGACAUCCCUUAGAACUUCUGUGCUUGACUUUCACAGGGCACAAAAGAAAGCUAGACCAGCUUCCAGUUGGAUGGAACCCAGUGCUACGUAGUCAUCUGUUUGUCUCUUCUCAGUGCCUACGUAUGUGGCCAGCCCCACCAGGGAAAAGGAAAGCUUUGCAUUCCACAAAGCCUUCGGGCACUGUUGGAGAGGUCAGGCUCCAAUCAAAGAUGCCGUGAGAGAGAGAGCUCCAGAGUUCACUGUAUAUUUUAUAUGGUGUAUUGUAUUUAAGACAGAAGGCUUUUUAAUUUUCUGAUUAUCAGUGUACCUUAAUACAUUGUAUUUGAAAGUUAAAUAUAUUUUUAUCUUCUACUUGAAGUAUAAAGUUGGCCUGUGUAUCCAGAGUGCUGUAGUUUAAACGUUAGCAUGGCAUCAUUUUUGACUGUUCUAUGACAAAGGAUGAUUUUCAUUGUUAGCUGGAUGGAGAAUAUAUGUAUAUAAAUAUCUAUCUAUCUAUAUAUGUUGGUCUUGAUUUAAAUGUUUUAUUUACAAUAGCUUUAUAUGUUUAUGGUGGUAUACACCAGCAUGGGGCAUGGAACAUGAGCUAUUUGCUUUAAGAUAUAACCUGUGGCAUGAACAGUAUUGUAAAGUUAGAGUAAACUCAAGACCUUGGGUCAAGUUCGUUACUAGAUCCACAGAAGGAACAGAGAGGGCUUAUUGCAGAAAGUUCUAUUUGUAACUUAUUUUUAAAAAUAAAAGUCUUUGUUCCAAAGGCA